CUCAGCGUUAACACUCCUCGUGACAGCAGCGCUCGAGGAUUAUGAUCAUCUGGAUAAACGCACAACACACUUCACUGAAGGGAAUAAAGACCGUAUCAAAGGACACUAGGAAGUGAAUUAACUCGUGCACUCCUCCAGAGACCCGUGGUUUUCUCGCUUUACAUACAAUAAUAUAAUUUUGAAUGUUGGUUUAUACCGCGGUACAAGGCUGUGAUAUAAAGAAGACGGUGUGUGAUGAGAUGCCAUCUGAAACAAGUCUUCCUCCUAGCAGCUGGUCUUCUCAUUUUGACCAGGGUCUACGUCUACAUGCGGAGAGCAGAAUCGGGAAACCUCAAGGGGUCACUGACCUGGAUCUGGGAUAAGGAGACUUGGGUGGACGAUCUUAAGGGCCAUUACCUGCAUUUCAACGUUUCCAUUAAAGUUCUGGCAGGAGUCUUCCAGCCGUCCAAGAAGUACCUAACGGUGGGCCUCUCGUCUGUGAAGAGGAAAAAGGGCAGUUAUCUCCAGGACACUCUUCAGUCAAUCUUCUCUGCCUCCUCAGAGGAAGAGCUGGAUCAAAUGGUCAUCGUCGUCCUUCUUUCAGACUUUGAUGUGAGCUGGAUCCAGCAGACAUUAGAGAAGAUUACAGAUGAAUUCCACAUGCGGCUGUCCAAGGGUCAACUUCUGGUCAUCCAUGCCAAUGAAGACAACUAUCCUCCCCUCACAGGACUGAAGAGGAACUUCAACGAUGCUCCUGACCGCGUGUCCUUCCGUUCGAAGCAAAAUGUGGACUACUCCUAUUUGCUCCAUUUUAGCAGUAAUCUCUCCCAAUACUAUAUCAUGCUGGAGGAUGACGUGAGCUGUUCGAAGAACUUUCUCACCAGCAUGCGUGAGCACGUCGGUUCUGUGGGCAACUCGAAGUGGGUCACAUUAGAAUUCUCCAAGUUGGGCUACAUCGGAAAACUCUAUCAAUCCAGAGAUCUGCCCAUUCUAGCCCGAUUCCUUUAUAAUUUCUACCAAGAGAUGCCCUGCGACUUUUUGCUAUUGCAUUUUCACAGAUUGUUGAUGCAGGAAAAAGUAAUUCGUUUCCGCCCAUCUCUGUUUCAGCACAUGGGCACUUACUCGUCAUUUAGGGGGACAUUCAAUCGCCUAAAGGAUGAAGACUUUGUUGAAGAAGUUGCCGAUAACCCUCCAGCAGACAUUAGCACGAAUAUUGAAACCUAUCAGACCAAUACUGUCGACAAAGCUUACAGCCAAGGCUUAGAGUAUUUCUGGGGUGUAUCCCCUAUUGGCACAGAAAACUACAUUUUAGUGGUCUUUCAUGAACCUGUUCUUAUCUCCCGUGCCCAAAUAGUAACAGGAUUGGAUGGGAAAGAUGAGCUGGUCUAUGCUGAUGUGGAACUUGGAAAAACGCUGGUGAAAAAGGAGUCGGAGGUGGAGUGCUCCGGAUUUGACAAGCUGGGUUCUCUUCAGCAAGGCCAGUUUAAUGAAGCAGCUGUCCAGAAACUUGUUCCAGCAACCAUGGCAUGUUUACGAAUCCGAGUCACUGCAGCCCAAACGACCUGGGUUGUCGUACGCAAGAUCCAGGUCUGGACUGUUAAAGCUGACCAAACCACAUGACAUAUUUCUGCUGUGCAUUUAUUAUCAUGACUUAUAAAGGCUUGAAUCUUUCAAAUAGACACAUGCUUGGUAAUCUCUAUGUGAGGGAAUGAUGUCAUUACACUGCAUAAAAUAAUUUUAUAAAUAUUCUUAAAACGAUAUAUUUAC